CUCCCAUAAAAAAGCAUCACAGAGAGCUUCGCGUGGCGUCAGUCUCCGUUGGUGUUGUCGAUCCUCCACAAAUCCGGUGAGUCAGUGACCAUAAAACACCGACCCAUCAAGACCCAUGGUUAGCCGUGCAAGCAACGCGAGGAAGCCGCGCGAGGGGUGCGAUCCACGCGAGCCCCGCGAGCAGGGCGGAGGAGCCGCGCGAGCCGCACGAGCAGGGCGGAGGAGCCGCCCGAGCAGCACGAUCAAGUCGCGCAAGCAAGCCGCGCGAGCAGCGCGAGGGAGCAGCACAACAGAAGUCACUCGAGGAAAGGUGUCGCACGAAGAAGCGAGAGAAACAGAGAGUGACUGCAUGGAUUGUGGCGACAGCAAUGUGAUUGACAUUUCGGAUGACUCUGUCGAUGAUUUACUACUCAUGGAUGAUAACUUGACUGGCCCGAAAUCCGAAUACAAAUUACCUGGCAAAAUUGCGAAGAUGUUGUAUGCUCAUCAAGUUGAAGGCUUAAAGUGGCUCUGGUCCCUCCAUUGUAAAGGAAAGGGUGGAAUUUUGGGUGACGACAUGGGUUUGGGUAAAACAAUGCAGAUUUGUGGAUUCUUAGCUGGGUUGUUCCAUUCCAGUUUGAUAAGGAGGGCACUUGUUGUGGCGCCAGAGACUUUGCUUUCUCAUUGGUUCAAAGAAUUAUCAGCUGUAGGACUCUCUGCAAAGACCAGAGAAUACUAUGGGACUCGUCCAGAGGCUUGUCAAGAUAGACUGCGAUAUGUGCUUCAGGACAAAGUUAUUCUUUUAACAACUUAUGAUAUUGUGCGGAACAACUCGAAAUCGUUGCGGGGCGAUUUUUACUCUGAGGAUGAGCUGGAUGAGGACAGCAUCACAUGGGAUUAUAUGAUUCUUGAUGAGGGACAUCUCAUAAAAAAUCCGAAGACACAGAGAGUAAAAAGUUUACUUGAGAUACCAGCUGCUCAUCGCAUUGUCAUUAGUGGCACUCCGAUUCAGAACAAACUAGGGGACCUAUGGGCGCUAUUUAACUUCUGCUUUCCUGAACUACUGGGUGAUGACAAACUCUUUAAAGAGAAAUAUGAGAAUCCCAUACUUCGUGGAAAUGAAAAAAAGGCUUCAGAUAGAGAGAAGUGCAUCGGUUCAGCAGUUGCAAAGGAGCUGAGGGAAUGCAUUCAACCUUUUUUUUUGCGACGCCUUAAGAGUGAAGUAUUUCGUGAAGACGAUGGAGAAGUUGCUAAAUUGUCAAAGAAGAGUGAACUGAUCGUGUGGUUAAGAUUGACAAAUUGUCAGCGACAAUUUUAUGAAGUCUUUCUGAACAGUGAGAUGGUUCGUUCUUCCUUUGACUGCUCACAACUUCCUGCAUUGACGAAUUUGAAGAAGAUAUGUGAUCAUCCACUGUUGUUAACAAAGGGAGAUGCUGAAGAUGAUCUUGAAGGGAUGGCAGAGAAAUUGCUGAUGCAUAUAGCUGAUGGUGAGAGAGAUAAAUUUCAGGAGACAAGUGACGGAAUAUCAUGCAAAAUAUCUUUCACAAUGUCAUUACUGGACAAAUUAAUUCAAGAUGGCCACAGUGUGCUUAUCUUUUCUCAGACUUGCAAGAUGCUCGAUCUUAUCCAGGCUUCCUUACUGUCCCGUGGCUGUGAGUAUUUACGCAUUGAUGGUACGACAAAAGCUAGUGACAGGAUCAAGAUAGUAAAUAAUUUCCAAGAAGGCACUGGAGCACCUAUAUUUCUCUUGACAUCUCAAGUUGGUGGUCAAGGCCUCACCCUUACAAGAGCAGACCGCGUGAUUGUUGUAGAUCCAGCAUGGAAUCCGAGUACGGAUAACCAAAGUGUUGAUCGCGCCUAUCGAAUUGGACAGAUGAAGGAUGUCAUUGUGUAUAGGUUGAUGACGUGUGGAACUAUCGAGGAGAAGAUAUACAGAAAGCAGAUAUUCAAGGGAGGAUUGUUCAAAACAGCAACUGAGCAUAAAGAGCAAAUUCGCUACUUUAGCAAGUGGGAUCUGAAGGAAAUUUUCAGCCUUCCAACAGAGGGGUUCGACAUUUCUCCAACUCAGCAGCAGUUGAAUAAGGAGCAUGAUCACCAAGUCAAGAUGGAUGAGUCUUUAAGGAGCCACAUAGAGUUCCUCAAUACUUUGGGCAUAGCUGGUGUUAGUCACCACAGUUUACUCUACUCGAAGACGGCACCGGUGCAAGUUGCAGAUGAAGAAAUGGAAGGCAGAUGAUACUUUACCAAAUAUUGAUCAAGGCUUCUGCUCUUGUAGGUAAUUCAUCAUCAGGUGCUCCAGUGGAACGUAAUGUUGAUGGGUAUGUUGAAAAUCAUCAUGCAAUUUCUUGAAGCCAUUGCUUACAACAUUAUGCUUGUCCUUACCUUUAAAUUUUGUUGCCGGUGCCAGAUAGACGUGUUGUCUUUUAUGUCUUUUAUGUUAUGUGCAAUUAGUGCAUUGGAGAUGA